AUGGCCACCAAUCCCUACCUUCCCCGCGGAAAUUGGGUUAGAAUGGAUGAUUAUGGGCGUCGAGAUAUCGGAAAUUUUCACACCAUUGGUGGUGGUGGUGGUGGCGGCGGCGGCGGCGGCGGCGGUGGUGGUGGUCGUCGUCGUCGUCGAGACCGUCGUGGGGCUGCAGCAGGGAGUGGUGGUGGAGAGGCCUCCGAAGUCGGUGGGUGA